CAUUUUUUCUUCUUCUUUAUCAUGAACCGUUUGGGUUUUGGCGACUUUCAUCAAAAACACUUUGGUCCAGAACAACAGCAAUACUGGCAAUCUAUACUCUUUCAACAACCAGCACCUGAAUACAAUACAGUUGAUCAUGUAUAUUAUGAUGAACAACAGCAAGAUCAAUACCAUGAUCUAGAUCAAGACAAUCAGGAACUCUCUCAAGAAGUCAAAGAUAUUCUUGAUUUCUCAGCAGCCUAUCAAAGAGAACGCGAAUUAGAGCGUUCAAAGCAAGAAGAAGAGGAAAAAGAAGACACUGAGAACUGGAUCUAUGAUGAAUCUACUAUUCAUUUCAGCAAAGGAGGUGUAGAAGCACCUGCAACAACCUUAGUAUUAACACAACCGAGACCAAUUCAACCAAGUAAAAUAAGAAUGCAACAAGACUUACUCAAUUCAGCUUACUUAAAAAGCUGUUUGGAUCAAGAGCAUGUUGUACUCUGGCCUGUGAUUCCUUUAAACCUUUAACAUGACGUGAUGAAACGGACUUUAUCGAGUUGAAUCUCCGGUAGUCUUUUCGUAUAAAAUCUUUUUUUUUCUCCUUUUUUUUCUUAGUUUUUUCCUUCUUUUUGCA